UGCAGAGCUCUGAGCGGAUGUUUCCGGUAUGACCAUUGCUUGACAGAUCAGGACGGACUGUCUCUUUCAGUGGCUGUUUUUGAUGGCCCAGCUAUGCACUGAGGUAGAAUGGGACAGAGCACAUCGGGCCCAGAGUCCCCAGAACCUCCACAGCAGGACAGAUUUGGAAACAUCAAGAGUUUAGUGGAGGAUCAGCUGCAGACCAGCAUGGUGGUGGGAAUUGUAAUCGGCGCUGGAGUCGUCAUCGUUCUCAUCGCUGUCCUCAUAUUUUUUGUCCUGCGCAGGAUGCAGCUCCGCAAACUUGAAGCUCAGGAAGCCCCGAAGUAUCGUUUUCGUAAAAGAGACAAAGUCUUGUUUUAUGGGAGGAAGAUUAUGAGAAAGGUGUCUCAAUCCACCUCUUCGUUAGUGGGCUCCACUUCUUCCUCCAGGCCCCGCCUCAAAAAGAAACAGAAGAUGCUAAACAUAGCCAAAAAGAUCCUGCGCUUUAAGAAGGAAGUGCCCACUCUGCAGAUGAAGGAACCUCCUCCGUCAGUGCUGGAGGCAGAUCUCACAGAGUUUGACGUGGCCAAUUCUCACCUGCCAUCUGAGGUGCUCUACAUGCUCAAGAACGUGCGUGUGUUGGGUCACUUUGAGAAGCCGUUGUUUCUGGAGCUGUGUAAGCACAUGGUGUUUCUGCAGUUCCAGCAGGGUGAAUAUGUCUUUAGACCUGGUCAGCCUGAUAGCAGCAUAUAUGUGGUACAGGAUGGCAAGCUGGAGUUGUGUCUUACUGCACUGGAUGGAAAGGAUGGGGUGGUCAAAGAGGUUUACCCUGGAGACAGUGUUCACAGUCUGCUAAGCAUCCUUGACGUCAUCACAGGACACCAGAGACCAUAUAAAACUGUCUCAGCAAGAGCGGCAGAAGUGUCCACUGUCCUCAGACUGCCUGUCGAUGCCUUUCUGUCCAUCUUUGAGAAAUACCCAGAGAGCCUUGUGCGGGUGGUUCAGAUCAUCAUGGUCCGUCUUCAAAGAGUGACUGUUCUGGCCCUGCACAACUACCUGGGGCUGACCAACGAACUCUUCAGCCAUGACAUGCAACCCCGUCCCUCUCCUGCCUCUCCUCAUCCAACACGCUCCAGUCCCAUACGACACAGCAAACGCUUUGGCAGUCUCACCGUUCCUGAUAAACAUCGUGAGGCCGCUGUCCAAAAUGCUACUGGUGGUGAUCAUGGAAAGGAGGGUGGCGCAACACCGACCCUCAGCAGGACCAUAUCCAUGCCUGUCGACAUUGCGGGAAUUCAGAAGAGCCUGCGUUCAGAUUUCGACAUGGCUUAUGAGAGAGGCCGUAUCUCUGUAUCUGCUGAGGAUGGAGCUCCCAUUCCACCUGCUUUCACACGAGAGCAGCGGGAGAGGAAGGUGACGGUGGAUGAGAUUCCUUCAAGUGUAUAUUUGUAUCCUGAGGAGGAGUCAGGCAUGGACAACAUUUUUUGUCCAUUUCAAGGACGACCUAACGCUACACUGUUCGAGGAGGCCCAGAAAGACAUUCUCAAACUCAUGAAGAUUGAGGACCCUGCCCUGCUGAACGGGAGGGUGACGUUUCAUCACGCUAAAGCUGGAUCUGUGUUAGCCAGACAGGGAGACCAGGAUGUGAGUCUGCAUUUUGUCCUGUCUGGCUGUCUUCACGUAUAUCAGAAGAUGAUUGACAAGCAGGAAGCCGUGUGUUUGUUCGUGACCCAACCGGGUGAGAUGGUAGGUCAGCUGGCUGUUCUCACAGGAGAGCCGCUCAUCUUUACCAUCAAAGCUGAGCGUGAUUGUACCUACCUCAAGAUCUCCAAAUCUGACUUCUAUGAGAUCAUGCGUGAGCAACCAAGCGUAGUUCUCAGUGCAGCUCACACUGUGGCUAUCCGCAUGUCCCCGUUUGUACGGCAGAUGGAUUUUGCCAUUGACUGGAUGGCUGUUGAAGCUGGACGGGCCCUGUACAGGCAAGAUGAUCAGUCCGACUGUACCUAUAUUGUGCUGAAUGGACGUCUGCGUUCUGUUAUCCGAAAAGCGAAUGGGAAGAAGGAGCUGGUUGGAGAGUAUGGACGAGGAGAUCUCAUUGGAGUUGUGGAGGCUUUGACUCGGCAGCCUCGUGCCACCACAGUCCAUGCAGUCAGAGACACUGAGCUGGUGAAGCUUCCAGAAGGAACACUCAACAACAUUAAGAGAAGAUACCCGCAGGUGGUGACACGCUUGAUCCAUCUGCUCGGGCAGAAGAUUUUAGGGAACCUCCAACAGCCCCGUGGACCUUUCUCAAGCUCUGCCCUGGGUCUGCCAAGCAUGGCGUCAAGUCCAGACGUCACUAACCCAGCCAGUAAUCUCUCCACUGUGGCCGUGCUUCCUGUUUGUGAUGAUGUGCCAAUCAAUGCCUUCAAUUUGGAGCUCAGCCAUGCUCUCAGCGCCAUAGGACCAACUCUGCUGCUAACCAGUGACAUCAUCAGAGAAAGACUUGGCGCUUCUGCUUUGGACAGUAUUCAUGAAUACAGGUUAUCAGGUUGGUUGGCUCAGCAGGAGGACAUUAAUCGUAUAGUGCUGUAUCAGACGGACAGCGGUAUGACCCCAUGGACUCAACGCUGCAUCCGACAAGCUGACUGUAUCCUCAUUGUUGGUCUUGGAGACCAGGAACCUGCACUUGGAGAGUUGGAGCAGAUGUUGGAAAACACAGCGGUUCGGGCCUUGAAGCAGUUAGUUCUGUUGCAUCGUGAGGAUGGGCCGGGCCCGUCGAGAACCGUUGAAUGGCUCAACAUGCGAAGCUGGUGCUCUGGACACCUUCACCUAAAGUGCCCCCGUAGAGUUUUCUCACGAAGAAGCCCUUCCAAACUGCGAGAGGUAUAUGAAAAGGUUUUCGAGAAGACUGCAGACAGACACAGUGAUUUCUCACGAUUGGCCAGAGUACUCACAGGAAACAGCAUCGCCCUUGUGUUGGGCGGAGGCGGAGCCAGGGGUUGCUCUCAUGUUGGUGUAAUCAAAGCCAUGGAGGACGCAGGAAUUCCCAUCGACAUAGUGGGAGGAACGUCCAUUGGUUCAUUCAUUGGUGCUCUGUAUGCAGAGGAAAGAAGUGCUGUUCGGGUCAAGCAGAGGGCGAGAGAGUGGUCCAAGGCAAUGAACUCUGUGUUCAAAACGGUACUGGAUCUUACUUAUCCAAUCACGUCCAUGUUCUCUGGCUCUGCCUUCAACACCAGCAUCUCCAAAGUCUUCGAAGACAAACAAAUUGAGGAUUUGUGGCUGCCUUACUUUAAUGUGACCACAGACAUCACAGCUUCUUCUAUGCGUGUUCACAAAGAUGGCUCCCUGUGGCGCUAUGUCAGGGCGAGCAUGACCCUUUCCGGGUACCUGCCACCCCUCUGCGACCCUAAAGAUGGAAACCUGCUCAUGGAUGGAGGAUACAUCAACAACCUGCCAGCGGACAUAGCUCGUAAUAUGGGCACAAAAACAGUCAUCGCCAUUGACGUGGGCAGCCAGGAUGAGACUGAUCUCUGUAACUACGGUGACAGUCUUUCGGGUUGGUGGCUGCUAUGGAAACGAAUCAACCCGUGGGCGGAGAAAGUGAAGGUGCCUGACAUGGCUGAAAUCCAGUCCCGUUUGGCUUAUGUAUCUUGUGUGCGGCAGCUGGAACUCGUCAAGAAGAGCGCGUACUGCGAGUACAUUCGGCCACCCAUUGACCGCUUUAAGACCAUGGACUUUGGAAAAUUUGAUGAAAUCUAUGAUGUGGGUUAUCAACAUGGUAAACUGGUGUUUACUGAGUGGGCUCGUGGGGACAUUAUUGAAAACAUGCUGAAAGACCAUCGCUCAGCGGACUACAAUGACAGCAAGAAGACUGACUCAUGCACGUGUCCUAGUGCAGACUUUACUGAUCUAGCUGAAAUUGUGUCCAGGAUUGAGCCGGUGCAGAGCUACUUAGGAGCCGAUGCAGAGGAGUCUGAUUAUGCGACGGAGUACGAGGAGGACGGGAUGGACACAGUAAGAGAGGAGGAGGGUGAGGAAGAAGAGGAGGAAGAGGCCGAAGACCCUGAGGACCAGUCUCCUGGAGAAUGGGGACCAAAUGGGAUCUUUCCACCAGAUGAAGAGAAGACAGUCCGUCAGAGGAAGAACCUCACCAGGGACCCCAACGUGGACUUCUCUGGAGUGUCAGAUUGCUGAAAAGCGAGUAAUGCAGGGUCAAAGGGCACUGUAAAGAGAUGCAAAGUCCCACCAGGGGCUGAAGAGUAUAAAAACGAAUAUAGAAGAAAAGACUUCUGAAUUAAGAUUUCUGGAAAGCCACCAAAGAUACUGUGAUUUAGACCCUAUUAACACUACAUUACCCAAAAUUGUGACUCUGUUUUAUGCCUUUGGGAUUUUUUUGCUCAAAGACUAUGACAACAGGGUCCAGGGAUUGUGGGGGGCCACCAAGGCAGAGGAACCACUCCUUGAGGUACUUUGCCACUAAAAUUAGUGGCUCCUACAUCUUUUAGGAGUUUCACGGGAAAUUAUGUCUACAGUUGGGGCCAGUAUACCUAAGUUUUGGAUUUCCUGUCUGUUUCCAGACAAUACCAUUUCAGUAGAGUAGUGUGUGGUGUGACUGAUUUCUGAUUUUAAUUUAAUUUAAUUUAAUUUAAUUAAUUUUUUUUUUUUUUUGAAAAUGUGUUUGUGUGUGUGUGUGUUUGUGUGUGUGUGUGUGUGUGUGUGUGUGUGUGUGUGUACGACCACAAUCUAAACAUUCAUUGGCAACUUCUCCCAUUAAAUGCCUUCUAGACUGAAAAUGGCUUCCCAGGAUGCAUUGUUGAAGGUCUGAAGCUGAGACAAGACUGUGGAGGUUUAGAAACGCUUGAAGAGGGAAUUAUGCUGCUUUAUAGAGACCCAUUUUAAUUACAAUGGUUAGAUUAUGGCUUGAUGAUAUUUGAUUUAAGGUUGCAAUGCUUGCACAUUAUUAGAAAAAAAUCACUGCAGAUUUUCAGUAACAAUAUGUUCCUGACAUCUGAUAUUAUUUUAAUGACGGACAACAGAAUGGAAAGUUACGCGGGUGGUCAAAUGUUGGAUAAAUUAUAAUAGGAAAGAUCUCAGUGGGGGUUAAAAAAAAAAUGGAUGGUUAAAUAGUGUAGAGUACAGAUGGACUGACUGCUGAGAUGGAAAUGUGUACAGAUGGAUACAUCUGAGGGGUAGGAAAUCAAGAAUGACAAAAAGUAAAAAUUGUACUAAGGUGAAAUAGUAGGAAAGAGAAACGGAUAAAUGUAGAGAGGUUGAGUGAGGUACAUACUAAAGUAUGGUGUAAAGAACAAGAGUGAGGAAAUAAGAACAAUAUGCAGUGAGAAGACGAGUGAGCAUGAAAGAAAGAGAGGAAGUGAGUGAGGAAGUGUGUGCAGAAAAAAAAGAUAGCGAGGAAGUGAUUGUGGUGAGAGCAGUAUAGAGUGAGGGAGUGAAUGCGGUAGAGGGAGGGCCUGAUUGUGGUAGUGAGUGAGGAAACGAUUGCAGUAGUGAGCAAGGAAGUGAAUGUGGUAGAAAGAGGGUAGAGCCCUGCAUUUUAGCCCGGGCCCAACGGGCCCGACUUCUUUUGCGCCCCUUGGGCAGUUUUCAAGUCAUAGCUCAGACGUGGGCUGGGCAUCUGUUUUUAGGCUUCUCCUUAUUUGUAUAUUGUAGACAUCCAUUACUCAUGGUGAUGGAAAAAAAAGAUGAUAAUAAUAAUAAAUUGCCGCAAUGGUGGAAACAACAUGGCGACUGUCAAGAGCGGCUCAGACGGUGUUUAGUGUCCCAUCAGCAGCAGCAGCGAUCGCGCCUUCAGUGCAGCUUGAAGAUUUACGCGUUCAAGUGCAUGCAAUAGGCUAAAGCUUGCAGCAAAACACCAGCAAAAGUAACUACCAUGAAUGUUUGGGGGGGAAGUAGUAAGGUGGUAUUUUAAUAAUUAAUUAAUAAACUAGUGUUUUCUGAACAAGUAUUGCAAAGACGAAGUUGAUGAUCCUGAGUCGCCAUCUCCUCAUUGGACGCGCCUUUAGAGAGACGUGCAUCUUUAGGGAUUUUAUAAUGAAAGAGUCUUUGUUUUUGAUUUGAAUUAUUUAGUUUUAAUGCAGUAAUUUAAAGCUUUCUAUAGAUAUAUUUAUCAAGUCAGUGAGGCAAGUAGGCUAUUCACUUUCGGUUAGUUUCGGUUUAUCAGAAGCGCUCCUGCUCAAAAGCGAAACUGCAGAAAGCACAUCCCGUUUCAUUCUUUCUUUAUUUUAUAAAAGCACAACAUUUUGCUGAUAUUAUGAAUGCACACAAAAGUACAGUUUCGAACAAUUUAUUACUCUCAUGAGCAAAAAUUACGUUGUAUUUUUCAAUGUUUCCAGUGCAAGUGAUCGUUUGGUACUUUAAAAAACAAAAACUUACAUUUAACGGAUGACAAAUGCUCCAAACGUUUUUCUAAAUUAACUUAAAAUAACGAAACAAAAUAUAAUCACUUUGCCAUUUUAUACAAUAAUGAGCUUUUUUUAAUAGCUGAAACAGUAGUAUAAGUUGUUUUGGGAGAAGAGGAUAACAAGACGGGAUCGGGCCAGACUCUGGCCAAGAAUUCUGAUAGGCUGUCGGACAAGGGCCGGGCUAGCGCCUGAGCAUCUCCGGCCAGAGCCGGGCUAGGGCCUGGAUUUUAGGCCCGUGCAGGGCUCUAAAAGAGGGGGAGUGAUUGUGGUAGUGAGCGAGGAAAUUAUUGCGGUAGUGAGCGAGAAAGCGGAUGCUGUAGUGAGCAAGGAAGUGAGAACAGUAGAGAGUGAGGAAGUGAAUGCAGUAGAGAGAUGGGGAGUGAUUGUGGUAGUGAGCAAAAAAGACUGUGGUAGUGAGCGAGGAAGUGAAUACGGUAGAGAUGGGGAGUGAUUGCGGUCAGAGUCAGGAAGUGGAUACAGUAGAGAGCAAGAGUGUAAAGAGUGUGAGGAAAUGAAGAGCGGUAGUGAUCACGGGAGACAGCGAGGAAGUGAGAGUGGCAGAGAGUAAAAAAUUAGUGACGAAUUGAGGAAAGGGAAUGCAGAAGGCUUUUAUGGGGAGUUUUAUUAAUGCCAGAAAUAUCUCAUGUGGAAUUGGAUGCGUGUUUGUCUUUUGCCUGUGUGUGUGUGUGUUUUUAGCCUUUCAGAAAUGCAGAACUACUUGUGCUUCAGGUAGACGAGGUGGAUGCCUUAUUUUGUUAUUGCACAUUCACAAAGCAAAAAAAGAGAGAUGAACAAAAACACCUGUAAUAUAAUCCUAUGAAGACGUGGGGAGUUUAAAUUGUUAUAUUGCUAAAUGGGUGCCGAGGACACAGUGUCCAGUACUGGAGCAGAUCUUCCUUGCACUCCAAAGCCAAAUGUCAUCCUUCCCGUAUUCACCAACCUAAAAAUUGUCUAUAAUCAAUGUAUAUUAUCUCUGAAACCUCACUGAGAUGUACAAAUUCCUCAACCCUAAUCCUUUUGCUUUGUUUCAGUCUUUUAUGCUGAGACUGUUUGUUUUAUAUGUUUAUGAGAACUGAAAGGAUUGCCAACUACUAUUUAAUUUAUUUGUUUUACCACUGGCUUUUUUAAUAGCUUUUUAAAACACUUUAGAGAUUGUAGAGAAAACAGUAAGCGGUUUCUUAUUUUGCUUGAUUAGCAUUUUUGCACUGAUGAUAAUCAAGGAAACAUAAUUUUGAAUGUCUUAACUGUCUAAUAUGAGAGGUGGCUGAGGUAUAGACGGGUCACGUGUGCGACCGUUUGAAACCUCAGGAAUUAAAGCUCAAGAAUGAAUAAUAAAAUCCUAUUUAAUGCCAUGCUGACUAAAUUAAUUUUUUAAAUAAGGCACAUGUUCCUGAGUGAUUAUGUAUGUCUCUUUGAAACGUAAAGCAACUUUAUCCAAGGGAAAGACUCAAAUAAAACCUAUUCUGUUA